AUGGUGGUGACCCAUCUGGCGCUGGAGCUGAGCUUCCAGGGGAAGAAGCUGAGAGGCUUCACGUGUAAACUGACGCGCUCGGCCCACGGCUUCCUGCCAGAGAGCUCAUGGAUCAUCGCAGCCCAGGUGGUGCUGCCGUACCUGGUGUCCGGCCUGGGCAUGGUGUCAGCCGGGAUAGUCAUGGAUAUAGUGCAACACUGGGAAGUGUUCAAGGAGAUCUCAGAGGUGUUUAUCUUGGUGCCGGCCCUGGUGGGGCUGAAGGGGAAUCUGGAGAUGACGUUGGCAUCCAGACUGUCAACAGCUGCCAACACAGGGCAGAUGGAUGAACCUCAGCAGCAGUGGAGAAUGGUUUGCUGUAAUCUGGCUCUCACUCAGGUCCAGGCCACAGUCGUGGGCUUCCUGGCAGCGGUUGCAGCAGUGGGUCUGGGGGUUCUAACCAGGGGGAAGGUGGAUGUUAUCCAGGCUGUCAUCCUGUGUGCCAGUAGCGUCACCACUGCCUUCAUCGCUGCGCUGUCUCUAGGCCUGGUGAUGGUGGCGGUGAUCGUCGGCUCCAGGAAAGUGGGCAUCAACCCGGAUAACGUGGCCACGCCCAUCGCCGCCAGCCUGGGAGACCUCAUCACUCUGUCACUGCUGGCUGGGGUCAGCAGCCUAUUCUUCUGUUACAGAGACUUGUGGUACUUGCCUCCUGUGGUGUGUAGCUUCUUCCUGCUUCUAAUUCCACUGUGGGUAAUCAUUGCUCAACAAUCUCAACCAAUCAGAGAGGUUCUUAAAUCAGGCUGGCAACCGGUCAUUUUGGCCAUGUCCAUCAGCAGUAUUGGUGGUCUGAUUCUGGAUAAGACCGUGAGCAAUCCAAACUUUGAAGGCAUGGCAGUGUUCACUCCAGUCAUCAACGGUGUAGGAGGAAAUCUGGUGGCCAUCCAAGCCAGCAGGAUGUCCACUUACCUUCAUUACUGGAGCACUCCUGGUGCUCUGCCAUUGAAAAUCAGCAUGGGUGGUCCUGGACCCUGUGCUACCUUCUGCUCCUCAGAUGUGAACUCAAAAUCAGCCAGAGUCCUGGCCAUCCUCGUCGUCCCGGGUCACCUCCUGUUCCUGUACACCAUCCACCUCCUGCAGGGAGGCCACACCGCCAUGACGCCCACCUUCAUCGUCUGCUACCUGUGUGCAGCUCUGCUUCAGGUGGUGAUUCUGCUCUACGUGGCCAGCCUGAUGGUGCGCUGGCUGUGGCGAAGGGGACUGGACCCAGACAAUUACUCCAUCCCUUACCUCACAGCUCUGGGUGACCUGCUGGGGACCGGCUUCUUAGCUCUGAGCUUCAGACUGAUUAUGGCAAUCAGCUCCGCCCGGGCCGGAGUCUGA